UGCACCUCCUGCUUCCGCCGCUCCUGGGCGGGCAGGGCCGGCUGAGGCGGCCGCGUGGUACCCGCGGGUGGGCGUGGGGCGGGGUCGCUCCCCCGUACGGGAGCGCUGCGGUGUUGGCGCUGAUAUAACACCGCUCGGAUGACCGGGCAGGAGCAGACACUGCGCAGAGCUUGAGCUACAUCCCAAAAGUUGUUACAAUCAUCAAUCGCUAAUUGCCGGCAGAGCAGCUGAAGUCUUUGGACAGAGUUGUUUCUCUUCCUUGUGAGAGGCCAAAUGCCCAAAUGGGGUGUCUCAGCACAAUGAACUUCAUUACAAGGCUUUCUGCUUUAUGUCUGAGGAAAAGCAAGAUGCAACACAGGCACCAAAGUAGUAGACGACCAGCAGUUCCACUUGGAUCACGGAUUUUAACUGAUCCUUCUAAGGUCUUUGAGCAUAACAUGUGGGACCACAUGCAAUGGUCACAAGAAGAAGAGGAGAAUGCCAAGAAAAAAGCAACAGAGAACUCCCUUGUGAAAGUUCAAUGGGAAGACCAAGAUAAAUAUGAGAGACAAGCCAGUAAAUAUUGGAAUGAAUUUUACAAGACCCAUAAAAAUAACUUUUUCAAGGAUCGCAAUUGGCUGUUUCUGGAGUUUCCAGAAAUCCUUCCAGAAAAAAAGAGGCAAGAGUUCCAAACAGGAAAAAGAUCUUCAGAACAUACAGAAUUAAAUAAUAACAACAGAUUUUCACACAAAAAUGGAAUGUUUGAAGAAGGAGAAAAAUAUUGGAAGAAAAACUGUGAAGGUGGUUCUACUGCUGUACAAGGAUAUGUGUGUAAUGGAAGCCAAGCAAAACCUCUUAGUGAAAAUCCUCAGGGUAAAAACUGUGGAGAAGAACUCAGCAAGCUAAAAUCAUUCCCUGGUUGUGAAGCCACAUACCGAAUACUUGAGGUUGGUUGUGGGGCUGGGAACAGUGUCUUUCCUAUUUUGAAAGUUCUAUGCRAUACACCUGGAAUCUUUCUGUACUGUUGUGAUUUUGCUUCAGCAGCAGUGGAGCUGGUAAAGUCACAUUCGUCCUACAAUUCAGCCUGGUGUUCUGCCUUUGUUCAUGAUGUGUGUGAUGAUGCUUUACCCUAUCCUUUUCCAGAUGAGAUCCUGGAUGUCAUUCUCCUUGUCUUUGUGCUCUCUACUAUUCAUCCUGACAGGAUGCAAGGGGUUGUAAAUAGGUUGGCUAAGCUACUGAAACCUGGAGGAAUGUUGCUGUUUCGAGACUAUGGAAGAUAUGAUACAGCUCAACUUCGUUUUAAAAAAGGUCGUUGCUUGUCAGAAAAUUUUUAUGUAAGAGGAGAUGGAACCAGAGUAUAUUUCUUUACCAAAGAUGAGGUAUGGAACAUGUUCAGCUUGGCUGGAUUAACUGAAGUACAGAAYGUAGUUGAUCGGCGAUUACAAGUAAACAGAAAGAAAAAGGUGAAAAUGCAGCGAGUUUGGAUACAAAGCAAGUUCCAGAAGCCGUUGCUAUCUCUGCAUAAUCCUGAAGAAGCCACCGAAAGGCACCCUUAUUAAUAACUGUACUUCAGAAAUGUAGUACAGAAAURAACUCCAGAAACUGAACCAGAUUUAAGUACGUAUAUUUCCAGUAAAUGUUGUCUCAGCCACUGAAAAGUAUAAAAAAGUUCAAUAAAUAUAUUGAACUGAAAACCUUUCUCUGACUUUCUUUUCUUUGUAAAUACGUAUGUGUGAGAAAAAUCGGGAGGGGAAGGACAUUUCUGACUAGAGCUUUAUAUGCAAUACUCUUUUCAUAACUGUGACCAGGCAUUAUUUUACUCCCUUGAAUAUGAAUAGUCAAUUAAUAUAUAUUUAAUUCCUGUUGAAAUUCACAGUAUGUAAAAAGUUUUAGUCUGAAGCAUAAUUGUGUCAGAGAUUUAGAGAAACAGAUUAUCUGUUCUCAYUGUUAUUACAGGCUGCGCUGUGUUAAUUUCCGUGUCAUGUCUUWUUCAACCACUGUGUGUCUUGAAACUAUUUCUUCUUUGGAGGGAAAUUUCUUGG